ACGGUUGCAGGCAGAUCUCUAUGGAAGUAGCUACGAUCGAUUGGAAGGAUUCUAAGUUCGAGAAAGAUGAAGUCUACGAACAUAUAGAUGCUCCUCAAUGGAUCGAUUUGUCUGCUAAUCAUCCUCCUCUUCAUCACGAUGAUGAUGCUUGGUUUUGUCGACCUGAUUGUGAUCAUCCUAAAACAGCCGAUGAUUUCUUCAUAAAAACGUUCCCAAAUCCUUCUAAGCUUCAAAGGUCAGCUAAUGUUUCUGAGAACCCUCCAGUGGAUGACCAAAAUCAGAGCAACACACCAAUGAAGAAAAGAGGAACUCCAAUGAACAUAAAUUCGAGAAGUGCUAAACAUGUACAAGAUAAUGAGAAUCAGAACCCCAACUGUUUAUCCCCUGCUGAUCACCCGGUCAAAUUAAGCGAGGAGAAGAAGGCAGAAAACAGUUCUUCAGUAAGCGAGGAAACCCCAAGGAAGCUGAAGAGCACAUUUUCAGCACGUAAUCUAUUUGCAGGAAACAAUAUAUUAAAUCAGAUAACGGAGUUUUGCAAUGAGUUGAAGAGAUUGGCGACAAGAACAAAGCAGAGUGGGGAUGAGCAUGGGGAGAAACAGAUUGAGCAGAAGAAACCGGGGGCAGGUGUGUUGAAAGAGAGAGAAGUUCAAAGGAAGCCAUUGCUAGAGGCAACAAAAGUGAAACAUGAAGAUAUUGAGAAGAGCAGCAGUAAUGGCAAAGAUAAACUUACAAGGAAAAUAAGGAAUACCGGAUUAGAGAACAGCCCAAUUGCCGAAACCACAAAGAGCACAAGACGAAAAGCGGAGAAGAGAGUGUUUCAGAUCCUAACCACCAAAGCCACCCCACCCAAGGCUUUCUGGACUAGACCUCAAUUUUGAGGCCAUGGACAUCAAAUUUGUACAUUUUAAAGCAGCAACAGCAAGAAGAAGCAAGAAUAUGGGAGGGUGGCAACACUGAUCAAGGUAAUAGUGCUGCUUCCAUCUCAUAGCUCUUGAAACCCUGCAUAUUUUCUAGCUAAAUAUUAUAAAUUUAUAAGCUAAAUUAAAUCAUUUUUUAAUUAGUUAAUUCUUUGGAAUUUAUCUUGAAGGAAAUCUUUAGUUUUUUUUACCUU